GCUGACACGUCGAGGGAGCCCGGCCGCCGUGCGCUUCCCGCCUCCGUGUCCCCGAGGCCGCGCCAUGCGGUGAGAGCCCCCGGCCCUACUCUACUCGACCCGACUUGACGGACGCCCGGCCCCGCCGACACCCCCGGACCCGCUGACUCCCCAGGACCUGCAGAUCCCCCGGGCCCCGCCGCUCAAGAUGCCCAGAGGCUGCGCCCUCCUGCUCGCCUCGCUGCUCCUCGCCGCGGCCCUUUCAGCCACCCUGGGGCUCGGGUCGCCGGUGAAGGAAAAGAGAGGCUGGACCCUGAACAGUGCUGGCUACCUUCUUGGACCACAUGCCAUUGACAACCACAGAUCAUUUCACGACAAGCAUGGCUUCACUGGCAAGCGGGAACUCGAGCCUGAAGACGAAGCCAGGCCAGGAAGCGCUGACAGGCGGCUGCUGGAGAACAAUGUUGUGCGCACGAUAAUCGAGUUUCUGACUUUCUUGCAGCUCAAAGACGCCGGGGCCCUGGAGCACCGGCCCGGCCUCCCCGCAGCAGUGUCCUCAGGAGGCGUGGAGCAGUCCUAG